AUGACCGAUCAUUCGACGCCUUCACAUCCUCAACCUCCAAAGUCACCCGACUCAGGGCCUUCUGAUCCUAAUCUUCCUUCACUGCCCACUGGCUGGAUUGCCCAAUGGGAUGCCAGCUCCCAGAAAUACUACUACGUUCAGAUCAGCACCGGUGCCUCGCAAUGGGAUAUUCCAACUGAUGCUGCACCAUCGCAGAAGGGAACGCCAGCACAAGGCGUCAGUGCAUACAAUCCGCCAGGCGCAGAGGGUCCCGUUGCCGGAGAUGGCGAGCGCGGUCUUCUAGACGGCAAGACAGGUGAUCGUGGAAAGGGUGGCAACUCGCUGUUGGAUUCGGCGUUCAAAAUGGGAACGAACUACGUCUUAGGCGGCAAGCAGUCGGGGCACGGCUCGUCAGGUCACAACUCUGGUCAUGGCUCCGGCAAUCUGCUCAGCAUGGGCAUCAGCGCACUAAGUAGCUCGGGUAAGCAGUCUGGCCAUGGUGGGUCAUCAGGUCACAGUGGCCAACAGUCGGGUCAUGCAAGCUCAGGAGCCGGACUUGUUGGGGGCUUGCUCGGAAGUGUUCUGGGUGGGAGCGGCAACAAACCACAUGGUCAAUCCGGCCAGCACGGAAAUGGAAGUAACAGCGGCUACGGCUACUCCAAUACAGGGAACUCUGGUUCAUACAGCGGCGCUCCUCCACCUGGAUCGUAUCAGCCUCCAGGCGCUCAGCACGGCGGUCCAGCACCUGUACAGCCGCACAAUCAAGGCUACGGGUCAAGUCCUGCUCCAUACCAGGGCAGUGGGCCUAACAGCCCGUAUCCACCACAGAACCAAUACCAACCGCCAGGCCAAACGUAUGGUUCGCCAGCACCCGGUUCAUAUAACCAAUCGGGUCCAAACCAACAGUAUCCGCCACCUGGACAGCAUGGUAACAACUCAUACGGUGGCCCUCAUCAGAAUCAGGGUAAUUAUGGACCUCCACCAAGUCAACACGGAGGGUACGGCGGCAAUCAAAGUUAUGGAAGUCCAGCCCAACAAGGGGGUUAUGGUGCUCCUCCGCCAAAUCAGCAAGGCGGAUACAACGCUUCGGGUGGUUAUGGGGGUCAACAAGGAGGUUUCAACCAACAGGGCGGAUUCGGACAGCAGCAACAAGGGGGCUACCCCGGCCAACAUGGUCCUGGUGGACAACAACACAGUGGCGGACCUCCAGCUCCCGGCUGGUAG